AUGGCCUCACAUCAGAUCCUCUCGACGCUACAUUUAGACGCCAUCCCGACAUGGCGUCUCGCCCUUGUCGGCUUCGUGGCCUUCCCCAUCCUCUUCGCCCUGGGAUUCUACUUCUGGGUCACGCCCAACUCCCUCAAAGAUUCACGACGCAAACAUCUUCCGCCGGGUCCGCCUGGUCUACCGUUUUUGGGCAAUUAUUUUGAACUCUCCAAUGCCGAGACCUUUCGGUUCCAGGCCAUGAAGUGGGCCAAGCAGUACGGCGACGUCUUUUACACCCGCAUGGGCGGCUCGGACUACGUCUACCUGUCGUCCCCGACCGCGGUCAAGGAGCUCAUGGACAAGAAGUCGGGCAUCUACUCUUCGCGCCCGCCGGCGCCCCUCGCCAGCGACGUGGCCUCGGCCGGGCGCCGCCAGCUCUUCAUGGCCUACGGUCCGCGGUACCGGGUGGUCCGCAAGAUCGCCCACGCCCUCCUCAACAUCAACGUCUCGACGAGUUACCAGCCCGUCCAGGACCUGGAGUCCAAGCAGCUCAUGUACGACCUCCUCCACGACCCGGAGCACUUUUACGACCACAACCGACGGUACUCGAACAGCGUCAUCAUGACUGUCGCGUACGGCCACCGGCAAAAGGACUGGAACGGUGCCCUGACCAAGAAGAUCUACACGGUCGUCAACAACCUCCAACUCUUCUCGACCCCGGGCGCCUUCUUGGUCGACACGUUCCCGUCCCUCCGGUACUUCCCGCAGUGGAUGUUUGGCAACUGGCGCAAGUUCGGCGAGAAGUGCUUCAAGCACGACUCGGUCGUCUAUCUGGGCCUGUGGGGAGACCUGAAGAAGGAGGUCGACGAGGGCAAAGCCAACCCUUGCUUCGCAAAGGACUUUUAUCUCAGUGACCCAAACAAGGUGGGGCUCGACGAACUCCAGGCCGCAUACCAGACCGGCGGUCUCGUCGAGGCCGGCUCCGAGACGACGUCGGCGUACCUCAAUUCGUUCAUCCUCAACAUGACCGGCAACCAGCGCGUGAUGAAGAAGGCCCAAGAGGAGAUUGACCGCGUCGUGGGCUUUGAGAGGUUGCCAGACUGGGCCGACGAACCGAACCUGCCUUAUCUCCGUGCCAUCAUCAAGGAGUUGCUGCGCAUGCGUCCACCGAACAAGUUUGGCAUCCAGCACUACACCACCGCGGACGAUUGGUACAAUGGAUAUUUCAUCCCCAAGGAUACCGUUGUUGUUUUGAAUUGGUGGGCCAUCAACUACGACCCGGAGCUAUGGGAUAAACCUGAAGAAUUCAUGCCGGAACGGUUUUUGGGCUACGACCUCCCCGCCGCCGCCUACCUGAACAUCGCCAACCCCAACGAACGUGACCACUGGUCCUACGGGGCGGGGAGGCGGGUCUGCCCCGGCGUGCACGUGGCCGAAAAGUCUUUGUUCCUCAACAUCGCGCGGGUACUGUGGGCCUUCAACAUCUCCAAAAAGGUCGGCCCGGAUGGAAAGGCCAUCGAACCAAACUCGGCAAUGGUGCCAGGUUGGAUGACGAUCCCUCAACCUUUUGAGUGUGAGAUCACUCCCAGGUCGGAGAAGAAGAAGGCAUUGAUUGAUGAGAUUUGGUUGGCCAAGAAGGCUGAACUUGGGGAGUAG